CCGGAAGGCUCUGACGGGUAACUCUGUUGUCUUAUCGAUAGGCUAUGCUAGUCCGGAGUACACAGUUAUAUGAUUAGGUAAUAUGGUAGGUACGUACCUCCAUCUUAGGUACAGGACGUAGCCACAUAAGAGGCUAACCAGCCACAUAAGCCUAGCCACACUGCACUAAGACAAUUUUUAUUAUCUUUUCAAUGGAGCCCGAACUUUUUUUUCUUCCAUCUUUUCAAGCUUUGAGGACUGACCAUCCUGUAAACGAACUGUGCUGUUGCCCACCAUGGCAGAAACAGCAACCGCGGAAUGUCUCUCAGAUGAUCAAAUCGAGCAGCUUCUUAGAGAAGCUGAGGAAAGAUUGAAAGCAAAACAUCAAGGACAAGAUGAGAAAGCUGUUGCCGCACCCAACAAAUCGGACGUCGCAAAGGCCUCCAAACCAGAUCCCUCAGCGCCGAAGGUAGCCUCUCUAGUCUCUUCCAAGGACAAAUCAAUGUCUGAAGGGUUGUCGGUAAGAGUACCCGAGGUUCGGCGGCCAAAACAAGAAAUGGCUGUCAAGGCGGAUGCUGGACCCUCGUGGUUUAAUCUCCCCCGGACUGAUCUUACUCCCCAACUCAAAAAGGAUCUACAAUUACUACGCAUGCGCGAUGUCCUAGACUCUAAACGAUUUUACCGCAAGGAUAGUUCUAGAGCUUUAGUACCGCAGUUCUCUUCAGUCGGGACUAUAGUUGAGGGCCCGACCGACUUCUUCAACGCUAGGUUAACCAAGAAGGAGAGAAAGCGUACUCUUCUCGAGGAAGUCCUGGAGACCGAAGACGCCACUCGGAAAUUCAAGAGCAAAUAUGGCCAGAUACAAGACGUAAAGACGAGUGGUAAGAAGGGCCACUACAAGAAGAUGAUGGAAAAGCGAUAUGGUCGUAAGGGCCGAGGGUGAAUACUGGAAACGAGGGAUCAAUGCCCUUGCUGUGCGCAAAGUGCUACGCAUCCUAGAUGCCCUUAAACAUGUUCUAGUGUUAUGGAAACGCAAUAAGCGUCCAUCAUCAGCAUUCUGGAUCAUGUUAAUUCCAGCAGCUGAUGCGGCUUAAAAGAAGCGUACAAUAACCGGUAAGAAUGUAGAGACAUUUUCGCGAAAUUAAUCGCUUGUGCUACGUCUUGACCUAAUGGUAGAACCAUGUUACUUCAAAUUAGGUUGACGUACUUAGGUAUACUAGAUGGUCUGAAGAUUGGGUCCUUUGAAAUAAAAGCAACCAACCUGAAGAUUCCGUCGAGAGGAUAAGAGACCUUAGAUAGUACUUGAGUGAGUUAGACAAAUCAGAAUCGAUAAAACAUCAUACAAUACUUUAGGUAUUAUAUUAGUUUGUAUGUCUAUCAGAUGAUUAAGAGUCUCUUUGGAAUCAUGAUUGCUUUUGCCAUCUUGUUUAUCUCUGUGCUUGCGUGUUGUCAGCAUGCUUGAUGUCUCUGAAC